GCGAUUGGUGCACUAUUACAUAAUAGCAAUUUUUAAUUUUGAAGUUGCUUCAUUUUCCGAACCCAAAAAAAAAAAAAAAACUAAUAUUGAACCAACAGAGAGCGAAGGGUAUUUUAGCCAUUAUAACACCUGGUAAACUCGGACUUUCGACCAGGAAAUAACAGACGGCGGACGCGCUCUGCAGUUUCUUCUCUACCCCUUCUCCUCUUCCCCCCCUCUCUCUCUCUAAACGAACUUCAAACUACUACGUUAAUCCACUGAUUCGAUCUCUCACUGUAACCACCCCUACUGAGCUCAUUAAAAAGACUAAAAAAACCCUCAAGAACUCCUUAAUUUUCAGUUUCCAUCGAGAUCUCUCACCCCUCGGGAAUGGCUUCUUCGGAAGCCGAUUCCCGUCUGAAUCAGGUCCUUAUCCCAGCCCUAGAGAAGAUCAUCAAGCAAGGCUCUUGGCGCAAGCACUCCAAGCUCGUCCACCAAUGCAAAUCCCUCCUCGAGAGACUCACUUCGACGGAGAAGCCACUUCUCUCUCCCACCUCCCCCGACGACCAAUCAGAGCCCGACACCUCAUCUCUCCCCGGCGUCCUCGGCCCCACCGCCGAAUACUCCCUCGCGGACUGCGACUUCAUACUCACCCCAAUAAUCAACGCCUGCAGUUCCGGCAACGUCAAGAUCGCUGAUCCCGCCGUCGAUUGCAUCCAGAAAUUGAUCGCCCACGGCUACCUUCGCGGCGAGGCGGACCCCGCCGGAGGCCCCGAGACGAAGCUGCUAUCCAGACUGAUCGAAUCGGUGUGUAAAUGUCACGAUUUGGGCGACGAGGCAGUUGAAUUGCUGGUGCUCAAGGCGCUGUUAUCGGCGGUGACGUCGGUAUCGCUGAGGAUACAUGGCGAUUGCUUGUUGCAGAUUGUGCGGACUUGUUACGAUAUAUAUUUGGGGAGUAAGAAUGCGGUGAAUCAGACGACGGCGAAGGCAUCUCUAAUUCAGAUGCUGGUGAUUGUGUUUCGGAGGAUGGAGGCGGACUCGUCUACAGCGCCGGUGCAGCCCAUUGUGGUUGCGGAGCUGAUGGAGCCGGCGGAGAAGGCAGAAGCUGACGCCAAUACGACCAUGUUCGUUCAGGGUUUCAUAACUAAGAUUAUGCAGGACAUUGAUGGGGUGUUCAAUCCGGCAACGCCGGGGAGGGGUGCUGGGUCGGGAGGGAGCCACGACGGGGCAUUUGAGACGAGGCCGACUGUGGAGUCUACUAAUCCGGCGGAUUUGUUGGAUUCCACGGAUAAAGAUAUGUUGGAUGCCAAGUAUUGGGAGAUUAGUAUGUAUAAGACAGCAUUGGAAGGACGGAAAGGGGAAUUGGCAGACGGAGAGGCAGAGAGGGACGAAGAUUUGGAGGUUCAGAUUGGGAAUAAGUUGCGGAGAGAUGCAUUUUUGGUGUUUCGAGCUCUCUGUAAGCUAUCCAUGAAGACGCCGCCGAAAGAGGCAUUGUCAGAUCCACAGUUGAUGCGGGGCAAGAUCGUGGCUUUGGAGUUGCUCAAAAUUUUGUUGGAGAAUGCAGGUGCUAUCUUUAGGACCAGUGAAAGAUUUCUAGGUGCCAUUAAGCAAUACUUGUGUCUUUCGUUAUUGAAGAACAGCGCUUCGACCCUUAUGAUUGUUUUCCAGCUUUCUUGCUCCAUUUUCAUUAGUCUGGUGUCAAGAUUUAGAGCUGGAUUGAAGGCAGAAAUCGGAGUAUUUUUUCCUAUGAUUGUUCUAAGAGUUCUGGAAAAUGUUGCUCAACCUAAUUUUCAGCAGAAGAUGAUAGUACUUCGGUUUCUUGAGAAGCUCUGCGUUGAUUCACAAAUUUUGGUAGACAUAUUCAUUAACUAUGAUUGUGAUGUCAAUUCAUCAAACAUAUUUGAGAGAAUGGUCAAUGGACUUCUUAAAACUGCUCAAGGUGUCCCGCCUGGUGCUGCUACAACGUUGCUGCCACCUCAGGAUGCGACCAUGAAACUUGAAGCUAUGAAGUGUUUAGUGGCUAUUUUGAAAUCAAUGGGAGACUGGAUGAACAAACAGUUGCGCAUUCCAGAUCCUCAUUCUAUAAAGAAAUCGGAAGUGGCUGAAAACAGCCAUGAACCUGGAAGUCUUCCGAUGGCAAAUGGAUAUGGAGAUGAGCCUGUUGAAGGACCGGAGUCUCAUUCCGAAACCUCCAGUGAAGUUUCUGAUGUUUUGGCAAUUGAGCAGCGCCGGGCUUACAAGCUUGAACUUCAGGAAGGUAUAUCUCUUUUUAAUCGGAAACCAAAAAAAGGAAUUGAAUUUUUGAUAAAGGCAAAUAAAGUGGGGAGCUCACCGGAAGAGAUAGCAGCGUUCCUGAAAAAUGCAUCUGAUUUGAACAAGACUAUGAUUGGUGAUUACUUGGGGGAAAGGGAUGAGUUAUCACUGAAAGUAAUGCAUGCAUAUGUGGAUUCCUUUGAAUUCCAAGGUAUGGAGUUCGAUGAGGCAAUCAGGGCCUUUCUACAGGGCUUUAGGUUGCCUGGUGAGGCACAAAAGAUAGACCGUAUUAUGUUGAAGUUUGCUCAACGUUAUUGCAAAUGUAAUCCCAAGGCUUUCACCAGUGCAGACACUGCAUACAUCCUUGCUUACUCCAUUAUUAUGCUCAAUACUGAUGCUCAUAACCCUAUGGUUAAGAACAAGAUGUCUGCUGAUGAUUUUAUAAGAAAUAACCGUGGUAUAGAUGAUAAAAAAGAUUUACCCGAGGACUAUGUGAGAUCAUUGUUUGAACGGAUAUCAAGAAAUGAGAUCAAAAUGAAAGAUGACGACUUGGAUCUUCAACAGAGGCAGUCCAUAAACUCCAAUAGAAUUUUAGGCUUGGACAGUAUAUUGAAUAUUGUGAUACGCAAGCGAGGAGAAGAAAAUCGUAUGGAGACCAGUGAUGAUCUCAUGAGACACAUGCAAGAACAAUUCAAGGAAAAAGCUCGCAAGUCUGAGUCCGCUUAUUACGCAGCAACAGAUGUGGUGAUCCUUAGAUUCAUGAUUGAGGUUUGUUGGGCUCCUGUAUUGGCGGCCUUCAGUGUUCCUCUUGACCAAAGUGAUGAUGCAGUAGUAAUAGCCCAGUGUCUUGAAGGCUUCCGUUAUGCAAUCCAUGUUACUGCAGUAAUGUCUAUGAAGACACAUAGAGACGCUUUUGUGACUUCACUAGCAAAGUUCACUUCCCUUCACUCACCUGCUGAUAUCAAACAAAAAAACAUAGAUGCCAUUAAGGCAAUAGUUACAAUUGCAGAUGAGGAUGGGAAUUACUUACAGGAAGCCUGGGAGCAUAUUUUGACAUGUGUAUCCCGAUUUGAGCAUUUGCAUCUCUUGGGAGAGGGCGCUCCUCCAGAUGCUACUUUUUUUGUGACCCCUCAGAGUGAUUUAGAAAAAUCUAGACAAGCCAAGUCAAAUGUCCUUCCUGUUCUAAAAAAGAAGGGACCUGGGAAGAUUCAGUAUACAGCUGCUGCUGCGAGAAGGGGUUCGUAUGAUAGUGCUGGUGUUGGUGGCAAUGCUUCGGGUGGGCUUACAUCUGAACAGAUGAACAAUUUAGUCUCUAACUUAAAUAUGUUGGAACAAGUUGGAAGCUCUGUAAUGAGUCGCAUAUUUACUAGGAGUCAAAAGUUGAAUAGUGAGGCGAUAAUUGACUUUGUUAAAGCUCUCUGCAAGGUCUCUAUGGAAGAACUGCGAUCUACAUCUGAUCCACGGGUUUUCAGCCUUACGAAGAUAGUUGAGAUUGCGCACUAUAACAUGAAUCGCAUCAGGCUUGUGUGGUCAAACAUUUGGCAUGUACUCUCCGAUUUCUUCGUGAACAUUGGAUGUUCUGGAAACCUUUCAAUUGCAAUUUUUGCAAUGGAUUCUCUACGCCAGUUAUCAAUGAAAUUCUUAGACCGUGAAGAGUUGGCUAAUUAUAAUUUCCAGAAUGAGUUUAUGAAGCCUUUUGUAAUUGUUAUGCGCAAGAGUGGUGCUGUCGAAAUCAGAGAAUUGAUCAUCAGAUGUGUCUCUCAAAUGGUUUUAUCUCGUGUCAAUUAUGUUAAAUCGGGAUGGAAGAGCAUGUUCAUGGUCUUCACAACAGCAGCUUAUGAUGAUCACAAAAGCAUUGUACUCUUGGCCUUUGAAAUAAUUGAGAAAAUUGUUCGAGACUAUUUUCCAUAUAUUACUGAGACUGAAACCACGACCUUUACUGAUUGUGUAAAUUGCCUGAUUGCAUUCACCAAUAAUAGAUUCAGCAAGGAUAUUAGUCUCGAUGCAAUUGGUUUCCUUCAAUUCUGUGCGGCAAAGCUUGCUGAAGGUGAUCUAGGCUCAUCAUCAACAAACAAGGACAAGGAAGGUUCCGCUAAAAUUUCUCUUCCUUCACCUCAUAAGGAUAAAGACGGGAAAGAAGACCACAGGGAGUUGACAGACAAGGAAGAUCAUCUCUAUUUCUGGUUUCCAUUGUUGGCUGGAUUGUCGGAACUUAGCUUUGACCCCAGACCUGAAAUUAGAAAGAGUGCCCUGCAAUUCCUCUUUGAUACUUUACGCAAUUAUGGUCAUCUUUUCUCUCUACCUUUGUGGGAAAGGGUGUUUGAAUCGGUCCUGUUCCCAAUAUUUGACUAUGUGAGGCAUGGUAUUGAACCUUCAGGUGGAAAUUCACCUGGGCAGGGGACUGAUAGUGACACAGGAGAGCUUGAUCAAGAUUCAUGGCUCUAUGAGACAUGCACAUUGGCCCUCCAACUAGUUGUAGAUCUUUUUAUUAAAUUUUACAGCACUGUCAAUCCUUUAUUGAGGAAAGUGCUGGUGCUAUUGGUAAGUUUUAUCAAGCGUCCUCACCAAAGCCUUGCUGGUAUUGGUAUUGCUGCAUUUGUCCGAUUGAUGAGCAGUGCUGGGGCUUUCUUUUCUGAUGAUAAGUGGCUAGAAGUGGUUAUGUCCCUAAAAGAAGCAGUUAACACAACAUUUCCUGAUUUCUCCUAUAUUUUAGAUGUAGAUAAUAUGGUUAGAAGCCAUGACGAGGCUUCAAGUAGAGAAAAUGAUGGAGAGGCUACUGCAUCUGAUACGCUUGACGACGAUUCAGAGAGCCUAAGGAGACACAGUCUCUAUGCUGCUAUUUCUGAUGCUAAGUGCCGAGCUGCUGUACUACUUUUAUUGAUUCAGGCAGUGAUGGAGAUAUACAUGAUGUACAGAGCUCAACUUUCGGCAAAAAACACCUUAGUCCUCUUCAAUGCUGUGCAUGCUGCGGCAUUUCAUGCUCACAAGAUAAAUAGUAAUGCUACUUUACGUUCAAAGCUACAAGACCUUGGCCCUCUGACCCAAAUGCAAGAUCCUCCAUUGUUACGGCUCGAGAAUGAGGCUUAUCAAACCUGCCUUACAUUUUUACAGAAUCUUACACUGGAUAGGCCUCCAAGUUACGAAGAAGCUGAAGUGGAGUCUUACCUUGUUAACCUUUGCCAAGAGGUGCUACAGUUCUAUAUCGAAAUUGCACAUUCUGGACAGAUGUCCGAGUCAUCUCUCAGUAGGCAGCCCCAGUGGUUGCUCCCCUUGAGUUCUGGAAAACGAAGAGAGUUGGCUGCACGUGCACCUCUUACUGUGGCAACCAUCCAGGCUAUAUGUGGUUUAGAAGAUUUGUCGUUUGAGAAGAACUUGGUUCGCUUCUUCCCCCUACUUUCAAGCUUGAUAAGUUGUGAGCACGGGUCAAAUGAGGUUCAGACAGCACUCAGUGAGAUGUUCAGCUCAUUUGUAGGUCCCAUUUUGUUGCGAUCGUGUUGAUCUGACCUUCACAUUCUGAGAUGUAUGAUAUUUUUAUCCAAGCCUUGCAGUUUCCUUUUUGCUAUUUUAUAAUCAAUGUUGGAAAUGUAGUUUUGUAGGAUAUAGAGUGAGUAUUGAUUUUUGAUUGCGAACCGUUUAGAAAUUAAAUCCAUAAAUGUUACCAGUAAAUUUGAGGAUGUACAUUAGUCAGGUGUUCUUUGGGCGAAUGAGUUUUAGAACAAUAACUUGGUGUAAGAACUGCUUAUUUAUUUUUUCAUUAAAUUCAUAGUUUAUUGCUAUUUUUAUUUUUUUGGA